CAAAAGGAUAUUCGCCCAUAUCCAAGGCACCGCGCGAGAGAGAUCGCAGUUUUAAAUCAAUUUUAUUUAAUUUAAAGUGUACCUAUCGAUAUUAAUUGUUACUGGAAAAUUUUCUAAAUCGCGUUACUCGCGAUCCGUAUAUCGGUGAAAAAAUGCUUUUUGUAAUAUUUCUAUUGUGUCUGAGCGGGAUACCGUUCAUACAAUGCAAGCAGCUUCAUGAAUAUAUGACGCCGGACGAAGUAAUGUCCGUUUUUCACACCCCACCUCAGCUUGUGCCCCAGUACGAAGUAGUAUCCGUGUUACAUCGUUUGAAAAAGAGAUUAGGAAUCGGAGAUGAUGAACCCGAGGUGCAGCUGAAAGCAUUCAAUGAAAGUGUUAGAUUGUACUUGAAUCCUACGGAAGGUAUCCUCGCCAGUGAAAGUACACCCGUAUGGACCGUCACUUCCGAUCCGGAUGAACCCGAGGGGUUGCUGUAUAAGCAAGUACCUUCGGCUAUGAAAGCUAUGGGGAUACCCCUUCAAGAUAUAUACAGCAAGAGCGCAGUUGUACUAACACCUACUGAAAAUGGUCAGAUACAUUUGGAUGGAGUGCUGAACGAUUCGUAUGUCAUAAAAUCUCUGCCGCAUCGGGUUCUAAAUGAAGUCGUUUACGGAGGACAUAAUCUUUAUGAACCGCAUCAUUUAAAGGAUGUAACGAGCGAUGACGAAUUCGCUCAUACGCAUCAUCAUGUGGUGUACAAACUGCCUCCAUCGAGUCAAUACAAUGAUUUCAAGAUUGAAGAUUCUGUGAAUCACAGAGCAAAACGUGACUCUCCGCAAACUAUUUAUCCGGAAUGCCUAAUAGUAAUCGAUAACAAAUUAUACAAAUCACUUGGUGAAAAUAUCGAGAAGACUUUAAGAUACCUGCUCUCAUUUUGGAACGGAGUCGAUUUGAGAUAUCGUUUGUUAAACACGCCUAAAAUUCGAUUCAAUAUCGCAGGAAUAAUUAUAGGCUUAGAUGACCACGCAACUCCGUAUCUGGAAAAGAGUCGUUUCGAAGAUAAGGCCGUAGAUGCAGAUCUUGCUUUACGUGCUAUGGCAGAUUAUUUUUAUCGCGAAAGCAGAUUCCCAACAGAUUUCUACGACAUGGCGAUUGCUUUAACACCACUGGAUAUGUGCAAUAUGAUCACCGACGACUAUUGCGAUACGUCAACUUUAGGAUACGCGUAUGUAGCUGGUGCAUGCGACAGAAACGUAACGAAAAAAUCGUCCGAGGCUGUAGGAAUCGUCGAAGAUAAGGGUGGAUUUGGCGGAAUCAUCCCCACGGCUCACGAAAUCGGCCAUUUGAUAGGAGCGCGUCACGAUGGCAAUCCUAAGGGAGCUGGAGAUUGUCCACCUUUCGAUGGUUUCAUCAUGACCAGCGGACUUAUGUUACACGAGAACGGCUUCGAAUGGUCUCAAUGUAGCAUAAAUGCAUUCUACGAUUUUAUCAACGAAGAGAGAGCAAGAUGUCUUUACAACGAGCCUGCUUUAGGUAAAGAGGUGCCGCGUGAUUUACCCGGAAAAGUUUUAUCUUUAGACGAACAGUGCAGGGUCUUCGGAACACUGGCGUGCAAUAAAAAUGCUACUGAAGUUUGCACUCGCUUGGAGUGUCAAUAUCCUGGACAUGAAGGCUUUUGCACAGCAACGGCUCCAGCAGCGGAAGGCUCUCCAUGCGGAGAAGAUUUGUUCUGUUUGAAUGGCAAAUGUGUACUGGAAGGAACAAUGGUCAAGGAUCCGAAGAAGAAAUUACUCAAGAAAUUUAUGCCGAAAUUCAAUAUUCAAGUGAUCAAGAAAAUUCCGUGGAUUUCCGAUUUGAUGAAAAAACUGAAGGAGAGACUAAAGGCGAGACUGAAUAGGAGUUCAUAAAAAUAAAUAUACAUA